CUAACGAAACGAAACGAACCGUAAAUCGCAACAAUGCAAUGACGACGACGACGACGGCGCAUUUAUGACGUCACGGCCGGCGCGUCUCUCACGGACAUCUGGCAAAGAAAUAACACAAAACAGCAAUAAUAACAUUACUAUCUUUCAACAAGUAAAUCGUCUCAAUGGGCAGACCAAUCCGAUUGAAGCAUGUGCAGACAGAGGCCAUUGGAGACGACGUCGCAUCGUGCUGCUAAAUUGGCCAGUUUGGAUGUGGUCACGGCGCCAUGUCGUCGCGGCGCAGCUCCUUUCGACGCAGAGAGAAGCCGGCAUUUGAGCGCUUCAAGGAUCACUGCCGACACUUUACCGCGUUUAUGUUCAGCAAUGUGGGCAUCAUACUCCUGGUGACAUUCUAUACCAUUGGCGGCGCCUUUGUCUUCCAAGCCAUUGAGAUAUUCGAAAACGAGAAAAUGAAAAUAAUAAAACCGCAUCGUUUUAUCGAGCGCAACUUCAGCGGCGAUUGCCUUAAUCGCAUAUGGGAAUUGACGGCUGAAAACAUAAGUUUCUUCGAUCGCCAGGUCUACAGAAAACGUGUCAAUGAUGCGCUCUUAGAUUAUCAACGCGCUGUGGUAAAGAAACAACUGCUGGGUCCCGAUGUCGAUCAUCAGUGGAGCUUCUCGGGUGCUUUUCUCUACUCGCUAACGGUCAUCACUACCAUUGGCUAUGGCAACAUUACGCCCAGCUCUGACUGGGGAAAGUUGGUGACUAUUCUAUAUGCCAUCAUUGGCAUGCCACUCUUUCUGCUCUACCUGUCGAAUAUAGGCGAUGUGCUUGCCAAAUCCUUCAAGUGGAUCUACUCCAAGGUGUGUCUCUGUCGCAUCUGUCCAGGCGUUGCCAAAAGACGCAUAAUACGCGAGCGACGCAAACUACGUCAACUAGCCAGAGCAUUGCAGCUGCAUCAGAUGGAAAGUGCGCGAGGUGGCAGCAGCUCCAGUUACUCCAGCAACAGCAAUAGCACAAGCAACAGUAGCAGCAGCAGCAGCAGUGACUACACCAAGAGCUCGGUGCAAACGUCCAGUGUGUUAGAUGUGCCUUACACAGAUUCAGAUUCGGAUAUAGAACGCGAAAUUCGAGGCAGCACCGACGAGAUCACAGUGCCCCUAACCGUUUGUGUCUUUGUGAUGGUCAGCUAUAUACUUUCGGGUGCUAUUCUCUUUGGACGCUGGGAGGAUUGGAACUAUCUGGAUGGCAGCUACUUCUGUUUUAUCUCAUUGAGCAGCAUUGGGUUUGGCGAUUUGGUGCCAGGUGAUCGUGUGAUAACCGCCGAUAAAGACAAGGUCGAGGUGAGCUUCAUUUUAUGUGCCGUCUAUCUGUUGCUGGGCAUGGCCUUGAUUGCCAUGUGUUUCAAUUUAAUGCAGGAACAAGUUAUUCAUAAUAUGCGUGCUAUCAAACGUGGAUUUAAGGCCUGUUUCCGCUGCCGCAGCUCCUAGUUGAGCUCACAGCCGUACAAUCUAUUAUUAGCAACUUAGAAUAUUAGUUAUUAGGAU